AUGAUAACCUUCGAUUCUUACGUGCUGGAAUGUUCCGUUACGUCCUACGCGUGCGAAAGCAUGGACACACGAACUGGGAUUGUUCUUCAUGGAGGUGCAUCGGAAUCAUGGAUAGGGGACGAAGCCUCGCAUGCUGCCACCCGGAAUUUCUUGAAGGGCCUUGUGAUCAAGGCCGAGAAGCGCCUCCGGGCAGGUUUCAAAGCUGUCGAUAUAGCUACUGAGAUAGUAGCAGAGCUCGAGGACUUCCCCGAGUUCAAUGCUGGCAGAGGAGCGGCUGUCAAUCGAGACGGCGUUCAUGAGGUACGAAUCACUUCAAACAUGAUCCAGAUUGAAUUGCCGGAUGUAUGUCACACUGACUGUUCUGAUUGCAAGCUUGAGGCCGGGAUCAUCAACGGCAGGACAGCUGCUUACCGAGCUGCAACAUGUCUCCAAAAAACAAAGAACCCCAUCAAACUAGCCAGGGCCAUGCUUGACUCUAGCGAUGCACAUACACCUGUCUUCAUGGCAGGAGAAGGAGCCGACAAGCUCGCCAACCACUUUGGCUUAGAUAUGGUGGCCAACACUUUCUUUACAACGGAGAGGCGCCUGGAUUACUGGCAAAAACACAGAGCGGAAAUCCUUGAACAUGGUACCGUUGGUGCCGUCGUUCUGGACUUACAUGGCCACUUAGCUGCGGCUAAUUCGACCGGAGGCAUGAUGCUUAAACCUCCUGGAAGAAUCGGCGAUACCGCCAUCUUAGGCGCUGGAUUGUACGCCGAUCAACAAAUCGCAGUGACAUGCAGUGGCGGAGGUGAAGCCAUUUUGACAUCCAUGCUGGCUAGUCGCGUCGCAAAUCUGUACCGCAGCGGCCUCAAGCUCGAGACAGCUGUCAAGAAGGCCAUGUGGGAUUCCACUGGCAUGUGUCCCUCUCUGUCUUGUGGUAUAAUCGCGAUCACUGCGGACGGCAAUCAGACGGCGCAAUGCAAUAGCAGGCUCUUCACCAUUGGCUCGGCAGGGCUUGGGGAUCGCUUCCAAUAUGGAUUGAUAGGCUGCACAAUGCCUAUCAUUGCGCCACUUUGCUGUUUUGAAGACGACCUGGUCCGAGUCGGGGUAUCGAAGCACCCAACACGGCAAAGCCAACUCACCUUCUGCAUCAAAGACACAAGCCUAAUUGCGAUGAACCAGAAGCAGGUGGAGAAUCUCUUUGGUUCGCUUAGGCGUGUUGCGAAAGCCAUGCUGAGUCUCGGCGGCACCGAAAGUGUAGCUAUGGUGACGUUCAGAGGUGGUAGGGGCGGCCACUUAUUCGGCAUUCGUAGCACGGGCAGCAUAUCCCCGGCAUCAACCGACUUGAAGGAAGAUCCGACUUUCAGAGCCCAUAUCAAGAUUAAGAAAACGGCCGAGCCUUUGCAAGUGGUAAUAGAGUCGUGGCAGCCGUCCGGCCCCCGGCGCUUCUCCGGGUUUCUCUUAGCACCGGCGGUCGAAUUCCGGGCUAUCGUGGCCGGGAUCUGGGCCGCCUUAAGCCGCGGCUUACGGGUGGCCUUACAGACACCGCUGCACUGGGCUUUCGCCACGGAUUCAUUCCACGACGAUCUCAUGUUACUCUGUUUCACCCAUGAUGAGCGUUACUGGCCCAACGCAGCCCCAUUUCAGUCUAACAAUAUCGGCCAAUGGGGUCUGACGAGCGCACUGGGCCAGAGGAUUUCGGACCUCGAGCCUUUCUGCGUAACAGCGGUCGACUCUGGGUUGUCAUCAUCAUCGCAUUUGGCCAUCGCCUCUCAAUUCGACAAGACCAACAUAUCAACGUGGCCAGUCAACGCCUUCCUGGUCUCUUCUAUCACUGUACAACCUCUCCUUGUUCUUUGUCGGCUCAUGCCUAGCGGCGGUUACGACAUCUUGGACAGGGCUGAUAUUGGCAAGAUGCAUUUGUGGCCUUGCUGUUUCCGGGCUGAUGACAAUGGCUUAGCUCACAGCCCAGUAGGAUCUAUCGUAUUGACAGAUAUUGUCGGCCUUAAGAGUAGAGGCCAUUAUCAAUCGCUAAACUACGUGAACUACGGCGCCGGCUCCGCGCUAGGUUCAGUUUCGGGCGGUGCCAUCGUUGAGCGAUUCGGCUGGAACUAUGUGUAUAAGAUUCAACUUCCAUUAUGCCUUCUUUCUUCGGUCAUGGUAUACCUAUGGAUACCCUCAAGCAUCGAGGAUUCCUCCAGAAGGUCUUCAGACAAGGGAAAGGUCAGCCUAACCAACCUGUACCAGACUUUUGACUGGAAAGGCUCGCUUUUGCUUGGCGUGCUGGAAACAAUGAGCAUGGACGAGGAGACAGCCAAGAUGGUCGAGGCAACACGGCUCAACAUCGACAACCUGCGGACCUUGGAUGGUGAUAUUCAGUCCAAAGUUAUGCAAGCUUAUCAGUGGGGCUUCGUUGUGCUCUUCAGCGUUCUCCUCGUUUCCUCUCUGGGCAUCAUUUUGGCAUUUUUUUGGGUUCCGGAACGGCGGUUGGACAGUACCUCAAAUCGUGCUGAACAUUCCGAUGUGGUGGUUGAAAUGGUUAAUCUCAUCGAUGAUGAGGAGACAGAUGACGGUCUGUGA